AUGAAUAAAAAAUAUGAAAAAUAUACAAAUAUUCCAAACAUUCAAUUAUUAUCUCAUUUGCAUUUCUAUGGUGGAACGGUAACAUGGAAACCAAUGGAUAAACAUGCAACAGGUACACAUGUUUCUGUAAUGAUUACGCAAUCCUAUCAAUGGAAGCGAUCUUGGAUAGGUCCAUGGGGUUCUGGCAUUACCUACUGUAAUCAAAGUAUAAUUUUAAAUCAAACACCUAAAAUACCUGCUUCCAAUAGUUAUCUCACUUGCGUUACUAGUUCUUGUGGUGGUUAUGUUAACACAUCAAUUGAUGAAUAUUGCACAGAUUACAGUUCACUUAUUGAUUCCAGCUCUGGUCAAAUUUCAACAUUGCAAAAUAUUACAGCAGGAUCGAAAUUUUGUGUAGCAUUUCGAGACAAAUCUUGGAUAAAAGUAUUAUCAACAGUAUGUUCUUCAAGUGGCAGAAAAAAACGAGAACGUUCGAAACGAUCAACAACAUUAACACAAACUGGUUGUUUUAGUGAUUCUGCUCACUGGUCUAUUGGAUGUUGUGUGGAUUUGACAAUUAGAUCAGAUGGAUUCAUUAAUACACCACCAGUUGCAACAAUUAUUUCACCUAUUCAAGUGCCAGUCAAUACUCUUACUAAUAUUGAAAUUCCAGUAAUUGAUGCUGACAAUGAUUAUUUAAAAUGUCGUUGGGCACAAGAUACUACAACAUUUGAUGAAUGUGGUGACGUCUGUCAGAUGGCUCCUGGUAGCAUACUAGAAGAAGAAAAUUGUACAAUAACAUUUAACAGCGCUAAUAAAACUGUUGGAGACUAUUAUGCACUUACUUUAAUGGUUGAAGAUUUUUACGAUAAAACAACAAACAUAUCAUUGAGUAGUGUUCCGAUACAAUUUCUAGUUCUUAUUGUCAACACAUCUACUUGUUCAUUAAAACCAACGAUUACUUCAACAUUACCGGAUUGUUCGCCCAUCCAAGUUGGCGUUCAAUUUAAUUUUACCUUGACAGUUACACAAGGAUGUUCAGGAACCACUGUAAAAGAUGUCUUUACCAUGCCACCAUUGUAUAUGUACAAAGGUAGUCUUAUACGAAAUGGAACAAAUAAUGUUUGGACAGUGACUGAAACAUGGACACCGAAUGUUUUGCAGUUGGGUUCGCAAGUCUAUUGUGCCGUGGCUACAGACAGUGCAAAUAUACAAUCAGAUCAAUAUUGCACUACAUUUACUGUUGUUGCCGCUGGAACUGUUCUUUCAUGUCCUGGUGAUACAACAUUUAAUAUCUUCAAUUUACUGUUUACCAGUGGUGGUGCUGGUGGUCGGCGUCGACGUCAUCGGCAAAAAGAAGAAGAAAAGCAGCCAGUAAUAAAGGAUCCAUUUUUUCAUCAAAAAUCAUCAUCAAGUUCCAGUUUAUUAACACCAUUUUCAGCACUAGCAGAAGACCGAAAAUCAAAGAUUAGUAGUUUAAUUAGUACACAUGAUUCACCGGGUAGAAUAUCACAUGGCAAUGAUUCGAUUAGCUAUACUAGUAAUCAACAACCAUCUCGCACAAGAAACACCGAUGCCGUUAAUAUGGUUCGUGUCAGUCGAAUUAGCAGACCAUUAUCAAACAAUGGAAACGAAACGAUAAAAUCUCCAUUUGAAAAGAAAAAUGAAACUCCUGAUAUAAAAUUAUCGAAAGUUUCGGUGACAAAAGUACCACGGAAUAGCGAAACAAAAGUGGAAAGGUCAGGAUCAUCGGUUUUGAGUGUUCGUCAUAUUGAAGUACCUAAAUCAAGUUUUUCUAUUCAACAAAAUAAUAAUCAAUUACAUUCAGCACCGAAACGAACAUUUUCAGUUAGUGUGAGUAAAAUGAAACGAUCAGUGGCACCGGCUAUGCAUUCUACAUCGGCCAUACCUCGCAAUGUUACUUCCACAGUAAAAAGAAGCAGGAGUACUGAAGUUAAUGUCAUCCGAAUGAAACGUUUCGAUUUACCAUAA